CCGUCCGGUGGCGGCUAAAUGUUCUAAAAAAUAUUUGUAUUCCUUAGUAAAAACCUUAUUAUUCUUUACAUUAUCAUCAGAGAAUUAUCUCUGAAAGAUGCCUACAGUAUACACUUUUAACCGCACUAAUGAAGAGCUGCUGCAGCAACUCCAGCGCGUGUUCAGCUCUGGCAGCGGCACCGCGCGGGAACAAUGGUGCUUGCAGGCUGAAAUGCUUGUAGAACCAGUGGGUUGGGAUGCUUUAUGGAAACUAUCUAAAGAUUUUUGUAAAAAGUUUGAGGUAAGAUUCCCCUGCAUAGCCUACGUGACAAUAACGUCAGUGGACUUUGACCAGCUAGCAGCACAUGUCGAGGUUCUGACUGUACAGCAUGAGACAAUCUCUCUGCCAGAAGCCGUUGAAGAUGUACCAUUGAUAGAGCUAUGGCCAACGAUUGAGCAAAGGGAAGAGUGUAUUAAUGCUGUUACAACUGCGGAGUUUAUAGAUUUGAUGCGAUUCUUUUACAACAAUUUAUGGAUGCCAUGGGAUGAUCAAGAUGACAAAGUAUUUCUCUCUGACACAAUUGAAGACCGCAUGGAACUGUGGUUAGAUCUGCAUAAUGGGACCAUUCCAAAUUGUGUUGCUAGAAACAUUAAAUUACUGAGGAAUAGUGCUAUUAAUGCUUAUGAGAGAUUGAGGGCGCUGGAUUCGUCGCUGUGCGAGGAGGACAUGGCUGAUGAGGAUGACUCAAUGUUACCUCCGAACUACAUAAUCCUAUGCGCAGAGCUGACGGCGCGUCUGGACAGCCACAUGUCGCAGUGGACACUUUACGAAAAAUCACUCAUUCGAAAACAAUACCUCGCUAAAGCCAAGAAGAAGUGGCAGAAGAACAAGAGUAAGAGAAAUGUUGUAGCUCUUUGGCGCGGAGGAUCUAUUUUUGAGUUUGACGACAUCUCGAAAUACCUCCGCACACAUCUGACGAGUGAGCACACGUUGACGGUGACCGUCUCAGCCGAAGAAGCGCUGUCUUUAGAACCAGAGGAGUUGCUGGUGUGCAGCAAGGAAUAUGAGAUCCCGGAGAUGCCAUUGUCGCAAAUUUCUAUUACUGGUUUUAAAGGGACGUCGCUAAAAGCCCCAGACAUGCGUUCCUGCCUGCUAAUACUGAGCGAGAUUUGCUCCUUGCGUGAGCUGACGCUGCACUGCAGCAACGUCAACACCGUCGUGCACAUGAGCACAGGCACACUCACAGUCCGUCGAUGUGUGCUGCGCAACGACUCUUACAGUUCACAGGUGGAUUUUGCUCAAGGUAUCGUGGCGAAGCCUGGAGCGAACAUUCUCAUAGAGGACUCAACGUUCGACAACUUCUAUUCCGGUAUUGUCGUAUAUAAAGGGGCACAGGUGGAGCUAAGGAAUUGCACGUUAAAAAACUGCAGUGUCGGCAUACAACUGUAUAGUGGUUCCAAAGUGACGCUAAAUAAAACGAAUAUAUCCGCGUGUGCCGAGCAAUGUAUACGGUGCGAAGUGGACAGUGACGUCGCCGAUAAAAACAGCGUGGAGGGAUUAGAAAUUAAGCCAAACUGCACCAUUGGCUCUGGCAAUCUGCAAAAGGAAGUUCUCAUCGUCAAGCAAGAUGUCAGUUUGAUUUAAAAAGGAAAUUAAGUAAAUUUUAACGACAAUACUGAACUCAUAUGUUGUAUGUACAAUUGGAAGAUUUGAGAAGUAAUCGAUGUAAUACUUCAUAAGUUAUAAAUUAUAUAUACCCUAUGAAAAAUAUUAGUGACAAGUUUGCACUUCGAAAAAUAUUUUAUUAUUGGGUUUUUGUCUAGACAUAAAUUAAGGCUA